ACAGUGUUAACAUGUAGAGAACGAGAAGUGGGCCCGCGAUUUCCACCGGCAAACAGCUUCGAAUACGUAUUCGGGUUAAAAUGGAAAGAGCUAUAUGAGGUGGAAAGACAGCGUAGAGGUCAAUUGGAAGAAGAGCUCAAGGAAGCUCGUAGACGCUUGGAAGCUGAUAUGGACCUCGCUUACCAGGAUUAUCAAACUCAGUUACUCCGUGAAGGCAAGGUUUUUACACUCUUUACUUUUCACUAUCACUAUUUGGCACGUCGACAGCAGGAGCUUGAACGGCUAGAAGCAGCAAAGCGUGAACGCAUGGCACAGGUAGCUGCUCGCCGUGGAGAAAUGCCUACAUUGCUGAGUAAUUUAGCUGGUGGACCGUCUGGUCCGCAAGGUAUGGCUAAUGGUCCGGGAGGGAUGUCUGGUGGACCACCUCCGCGGGAAUUUUUCGUUAGUGGAUCUGGUGGUGGUGGAGCUUCACACAGAGGACCGUUUAACUCAAAUGGACCAGAAGGAGGAAGAGGGCAAGAAAUUAUAGGGCGAGGACCACCUGAUAUGCAGCGUGGGGCACCACCUCAAAUGGAUAAUCCGGGAAGAGGACCACCAUUCCAACAAGGUGGACCCGUUAAUCAUCAAGGAGGUGGUCCAGUAAUUUUGGAAAUGUGGAAUGAGUCUGUGAAUUCUGCAGAUCCGACUCUUGUGCAAGGUGUACAGAAACUGCUACAAAUAUUUCGUACUGAUGCACCCAGACCUGGUGGUUCACAGCAAGGAGUGCCACCUCCGUUUGGCAAUCCGGGUGGUCCUGGACACGGAGGUUUUCGAGGACCUGGUGGACCAGGACCAAUGGGACCAGGAAACUUUGGAAUGCAGGGUGGCCCUCCCGGUGGUUUUCAUCGUGGACCACCAAUGGGUGGUGACUAUCCAGCUGAGAAACGUAUGCGACGAUGA